CUUAAGAAACAAUUUUGUAAAGAUGCGGCUGGAAUUUGGUCACUUAACUAUAUGCCUUUAAAAAUCACAUGUUUACGUAACAUCGGAACAAAAACUUUUUUACGUAACAUCGGAACAAAAAAUUUUUAAUAAAAGUUAAACACAACUAAAAUUGUUUAACUUAUCUUUAUCUAAAAAUGAGUUGGUUUAGAGAUUUUCGGUUAUUAUCAUGGAAAAAUUUUCUUCUUCAGAAACGUCGUCCCGUUUCUACAGCUUUUGAGAUAUUUCUUCCUUUAUUUUUUAUGGCAAUUUUGCUUACUCUUCGAGUUACAGUUAUAAAACAGAAUGAAGAUGUUGAAUACAGAUGGCCUGGUUUUAGUAUUACUAACCAAAUACCUGUUGAUAGGAAUAAAAAAUGGACAAUAGCAUUUGCUCCAAAUAAUACUCGGUACUUUUCCAUUAUGUCUAAUCUGAGGUUAUAUUUAGAUGUUCUUACAAUUCCAUUUAAUACUGAAAAAGAUCUAACUGAUGCAGUUGUUACGGAUUUGGAUAAAGAAGUUCUAAAUCAAAAAUUUUUAUGUGGAGUUAUAUUUGAUGAAACUUCCAGAAAAAAAGACUUUAAGUACAGACUAAGGUUUCCAUCGAAUUCACGUAAAAGAAUGAAUAUCCCUGGAAUUAUCCCUCAAACUUGGUAUACUCAAUUUGUGUUUCCAUUUUCUUUCCAAGGUUUAGGACCACGAACAAGUAAUUCAAUUUAUGGCGGACCUCCAGAUUAUUUUAGUGAAGGAUUCCUUUCAGUUCAAAGAGCUAUUGAUUUAGCAAUUAUUAAAAACCAAAAUAACUCAUUUAACAUCAAAAAUUUUGGUAUUUCCAUGCGAAGAUUUCCUUAUCCAAAAAAGUUACGUGAUCCUUUUGUUAUUGUUAUUCAAGGCACACUUCCUUUGCUACUGAUGUUAUCUCUUGUUUAUACUGCUCUUUCUAAUGUUAAGAAUAUUGUUCACGAAAAAGAGCAUAAAUUAAAGGAAUCAAUGAAAAUGAUGGGUCUCCGGAAUUGGAUUCACUGGCUAGCUUGGUUUACUAAAUGUUUUGUUUUUCUCCUUAUUCCUAUGAUUCUCAUUUCCAUUGUAAUGUGUGUUGAUUUUGGAGGUGGGAAAAUGCUUACCAAGUCAAAUGGUGUAAUCAUUUUUAUAUUCCUAAUGAUGUACUCAAUAUCCUCAAUAAUGUUUUGCUUUUUUGUUUCCACUUUAUUUUCAAAAGCAAAUACUGCUGCAGCAGCUGGGGGUAUUUUAUGGUUUCUUUUAUAUGUUCCAUAUUGGUUUCUUUUUCAAUCUUAUGAUACUAUUUCAACAAAAACAAAAAUUUUUUCCUGUGUUGAUUUUCAAUUAGCAAUGGCUUUAGGCUCAAAUCUAAUUGGUCAGUUUGAAGGUCAAGAAAGUGGAUUGCAAUGGUAUAAUAUAAAUAAAGGAGUUACUAUUGAUACUACAUUUACUUUUUUACAAGUUUUACUGAUGUUUUUAGUAGACAUUGUAUUAUAUGGAUUAUUGACAUGGUAUAUAGAGGCUGUGUUUCCUGGAGAGUAUGGAAUACCACAAAAAUGGAAUUUUUUUCUUACUAAAAGCUAUUGGUUUGGAUAUCAAUUUGAUAUUACAGACUUUCAUCCGAUAAAACACAACAAUGAGUUUAUUGAAAAGUAUCCGGAAGGAUUAAAUCCUGGAAUAUCGAUACGAAAUCUGAGCAAAGAAUUUAAAACAGAACGUGGUAAAAAAGUAGCUGUUGAUGAUUUAUCUUUAAAUCUUUAUGCUGGAGAAAUCACAGCAUUUCUUGGGCAUAAUGGAGCUGGCAAGACAACUACAAUAUCUAUGCUAACAGGUUUGAUACCUCCAUCCACUGGAACUGCAAUUAUUAAUAACUACAACAUUUUAAAAGAUAUUGGUUCAGUUAGAAAAAGUCUUGGUAUUUGUCCUCAGCACAAUGUUCUAUUUGAUCACCUCACUGUAGAAGAGCAUUUAUGGUUUUUUACUAGCUUGAAAGGUGUUGAUGAUAAAAAUCUUAUUACUGAGGAAGUCAAUCGUAUGAUUGACUUAGUUGGUUUAGCUGAUAAAAGAAAAUCAAAACCAAAUAGUUUGUCAGGUGGUAUGAAGCGUAAGUUAUCAGUAGGAAUUGCUCUUGUUGGAAACUCAAAGAUAGUAAUAUUAGAUGAACCCACCAGUGGUAUGGAUGUCUCUGCACGCCGAUUUACAUGGGAUUUAUUACAAAAAGAGCGCAAAGGUCGCACAAUACUCUUAACAACGCAUUAUAUGGAUGAAGCUGAUGUAUUAGGUGAUCGAAUUGCUAUCAUGGCAAAUGGUAAACUUCAAUGUUAUGGCUCUUCUCUUUUUUUGAAAAAAAAGUAUGGAGUAGGAUACCAUAUGAUAAUGGUAAAAAAUGCUUGCUGCAAUGUUGAAAAAGUGACACAACUUAUUUCUAAACAUAUUCCAACAGCUUCUCUUGAAAAUAAUGUUGGUAUGGAAUUGUCUUUCAUACUCCCUAGUGACUAUGUUUCAGUUUUUGAAAGUUUAUUUUCUGAAAUUGAAAAUCGGCAUGAAGAACUAGGAAUAUCAAGUUAUGGUGCAUCUAUUACAACUUUAGAAGAAGUGUUUUUAAAAGUUUGUGAAAAUGCUGAAGAAAUGCAAAAUGUUGACCAAAACAUAAAAAAAGAAAUAGACUCAAAUUUCAGCUUAAAUUUGCCUGAUCUGCUACCAGAUGUUCUCCCUUUAUCUAAUUCACAAAGCAUGCAGCUUCUUGAUCCACCUUCACUAACAUCACAAAAAAAUAGUGGAUGGACUCUCUCAAUCCAACGAUGGUAUGCAAUGUUUUUAAAACGAUUUCUUCAAUCCAAAAGAUAUAAAGCUGCACUUAUAUCUCAACUGAUUGUGCCUAGUAUCAAUGUAAUGCUUGCAUUGAUAGUAGUUAAAACUAUGCCAAAAGCUGUCGACUCUCCACCUCGUCUUCUUGAUUUAAAUAUGUUUGGAAGUAGUAAUGUUAUUCUGCAUGGAGAGAGUUCCAGCAUUUUUGAUAUCUCAAUAUAUGAAGAAUUUAUAAAAAGCAAACAUUCAGUUCCAGAACGUGCUAACAUGAAUAUGGUUGAUUAUUUAUUAAUGCUAGAAACAAAAUUUGGUUUAGGAGAGUUUAAUUUAAAUUAUCUGAUUGGAUUAGAGCUUAAUUAUACAAAUAAAGAAGUCUCUGCUACUAUGUGGUAUAAUAAUGAAGCAUUACAUGCUGCUCCUGUUUCUUUGAAUGCUUUUACAAAUUCAUUGCUACGUAUGUAUGACCCUGAAUGUUCUAUUUCAUCUAUAAAUGAUCCUCUACCAAAGACUGUAAAGCAAAGCAUAUCUGAUCUUUCCUUCAAUCCUAAUGGCUUUCAAAUUGGUUUCAGUUUAGUAUUUUCUAUGGCUUUCUUAGCAUCCAGCUUCAUUGUUUUUUUAGUACAAGAGAAAGCUUCAGGUUCAAAACAUGUUCAAUUUGUAAGUGGUGUUGAUCCAUUUAGUUACUGGUCAUCUGCAUACACAUGGGAUUUGAUUAAUUUUAUUUUGCCUAUUGUUCUUAUUGUUGUACUGUUUGAAAUUUUUCAGCAAGAGGCUUUUAUAGGUGUUCGACUUGGCUAUGUUGUAUUACUGUUAGUCUUCUAUGGCUUGGCUGUCAUUCCUUUUAUGUAUUUAUUUUCAUUUUUAUUUGUUGUUGCUUCUACGGCUUUUACCAGAAUGACUAUUUUAAAUGUUAUCACAGGGUUGGCUACUUUACUGGUUGUCAAUAUAUUGAGCUUGCCUUCACUUAACUUGCUUGAUGUGGCAAAUAUUUUGAAGUGGGUUUUCUUAGUGCUACCCAAUUACUGUCUUGGUCAAGGAAUAAUUGAUAUUUUUAAUAACUAUCAGUAUAAUACUAUUUUUGAUAAAGCUUUACAAAUGUGUAUUGAUGAACUUAGAAAACAGUUACCUUUUUUACCAUCACCUAAAAUUAAAGAAUUAUGUUUGACUUUUACAAAAGAAAUGUUUGCAAAUCAAUCAGUUACUUUUCAAACAAAUUAUUUGUCAUGGUACAAUCCUGGAAUAGGUCGGAGUUUGGUGUUUAUGGUCAUCCAAGCUGUGAUUUUUUUUGCUCUGGUUUUAUUUAUUGAGUACAGGGUUUUAAAAAGGUUUAUUUCAGUCAUUAAAAGUAGGUUUUUAAAUAGAAAUCAAGAAAAACAUUUAGUCCAGCCAGGUAUUCAAUUAGAUGAAGAUGUUUUAAUGGAACAAAUACGAGUUGAACAAGGUGAUAUUUCAAAUUGUGUGCUAAAGCUCAAUGGACUUACUAAAGUAUAUGGUUCUAAGUUUGGUAAAAGAGGUGAAGAAUUUUUAGCUGUGGACAAUAUAUCUCUUGGUAUACAAUAUGGAGAAUGCUUUGGCUUGAUUGGACAAAAUGGGGCUGGUAAAACAAGUACAUUUAAAAUGCUAACUGGUGAUGAAACUAUUACAAGUGGAAUGGCCUUUAUUGAUAAAUACAACAUUGCAACAGAAAUGGCACAGGUUCGUCAAAAAAUUGGCUACUGUCCUCAGUUUGAUUCUUUAAAUGAUUUGAUGACUGGUCGUGAGCAUCUAGAAAUGUAUUGUCGACUACGUGGUGUUCCUGAGAAAAAUAUUCCAUACUUAGUUGAUUUUCUUGCAAAGAGUUUGUCAGUUGACCAGCAUAUUGACAAAGUAACAAAGGCAUAUAGUGGAGGUAACAAGCGGAAGCUGUGCACAGCUAUUGCCCUUGCAGGUGAUCCGCCGCUAAUAUUCUUGGAUGAGCCGUCGUCUGGAAUGGAUCCUGCAGCAAGACGAAUGCUGUGGAAUUCUUUGUUUCAUGUUUUAAAGUCUGGGAAGUCUAUUGUUAUUACUUCACAUCUUAUGGAAGAAUGUGAAGCAUUGUGCACAAGAUUAGCUAUUAUGGUUAAUGGACAGUUUAAAUGUAUUGGUAGUCCACAACACUUAAAAAACAGAUUUGGUGAAGGUUAUACACUAAUUGCACGAGUUGGUGGAGUUUGUCCUGAAACAACGUCUUUAAAACGUUUUAUUGAAACAAAGUUUCCUGGAUCUCUGCUUAAAGACGAGCAUCAAGGUUAUUUGCAUUACCAAUUAACGAAUAAAAAUAUAUCAUGGGCUAAUUUGUUUGGAGUUAUGGAGAGAGCUAAAGUUGACUUUGAGAUAGAAGAUUACUCUGUUAGUCAAACUACUUUAGAGCAAAUUUUUUUAAAUUUUACACGAUUUCAAAGAUCAGCUGAUGAGUAAUUUUUUUUGAUUUUUCACUUUCUUUUUUUUUAAUAUAUAUAUUUAUUCAUAGUGAUUUAAAAUAAAAAUAAUA